AUGGCUUUGGACUGUUCAAUAAAAGACAAGGCUAGUAGCACAUUUCGUCAGUUGAGACCCUGUUCUCUCACGCCGAGAGGUCAGGCGACUCCUGGAGAUUUGUCUAAACUCCAGCCACGACCACCGCUGAGAAGGCAGGCAGAAGGCACUCAGGAUCAGAAAAUAAUCCGUGAGGAAGUCUCCGGCCAACCACAGCUCCAGCAAACAAAAGACAAGGCUAGUAGCACAUUUCGUCAGUUGAGACCCUGUUCUCUCACGCCGAGAGGUCAGGCGACUCCUGGAGAUUUGUCUAAACUCCAGCCACGACCACCGCUGAGAAGGCAGGCAGAAGGCACUCAGGAUCAGAAAAUAAUCCGUGAGGAAGUCUCCGGCCAACCACAGCUCCAGCAAACAAGAAUCUCUGUUAAAGAGAGAAUGGAAGCUGCAGCAAAGGCCUGGAGAGAUGAGAAUGAGAGAAGAGAGAAGACCAAAAUUGAAGAAGAGGAAAAGCAGGAGACCAGCUCUGAUAACGUCCGGAAUUUGAUGUUAAUGAUGGAGGAAAGAUAUGAAACAUUGAAGGCCCUCAAGCACUACGAGGCCAGAAAGGAAAAUCUUGAAAAGAAGAUGGAUCCCCUGCAAAACCGCAAUAAUGCUCAUGAUCGCCACAUCAGAGAAGCCCUGGAGGAAAAGCAGCUGAAAAAAAUACAGCGGCAGAAACAGGACGCUUCCUGGAAAAUCACAAACAAACUUAUAACAGAGAGGAUCUCAGAGGUCUUUGAGGCGUCUGGAGGGAUGCUCCACUAUGCUGACACUAAUUUAAAGGAGAAAGCAUUGGAGAAUCGCUGUUUGGACGCCUGCCAGUUCCACGAGCUCCCAACAAAAGUGAAGCAGUGCUUGAAAGAUCUCCAGAUCCAACAAAACGGGAAAACCUUGAUGGAGCAAAAGAGGGAAGAACGGAGACAAUACAGAAGACAAAAAAGGCUGGCGAUAGCACUCGCUCCUCCUGUGGUUAUAACUGGAAGAAAGCUGAUGCAGCCCACCUCCAAGAGCUGUAAAGAAAGCAGAACCAGUUAAACAGAGGCUCUAGACUAAUUAAAGGAAGAAAGGCUCUCUCCAGCUCUGUUAUCCUCCUUCUCAACAGCUGAAACCAUCAAAAGAAGAAAGAAGAGGAAGAACAACUUCUCAACAGCAGAAAUCUUCAUCAAAGCCUUGUGUUUCCUCACUCUGCCAGUGGUCUCGUGUAAAUCAGGGUGGGCUCAAGCAUCAUCAUUGUUGCACUAGACUGACUGCUGCUCUAUCCAAUCAGUGGAAGGGGGAGUUGACUUCUCUCUAAUGUGACUCAUGAAUGUUUCAAAUAUAUUCCGUGUCGAAUACCUCAUACUGACUGAAAUCUGAAGUUACUGUGUAUAAAUGUAUGAGGUAUUUGACCGGAAAC